AUGGAACCCAGUUCAACCAAUUCGUCAGAGCAGACCCACGUCGACUCUCACGAGAUGCAGCAAAUACAACCCACAUACCCAUCACCAUCGAUACAACCCGAACAAGCAACAGGCAAGACAAGAGUGCGGUUCAACAGCUCUGCCAACGUCGAAGUCCCUCCACCGCCUCUCGAACAAAUCCGCAGUUACAGCCGCGUCAGCGAGUCUGGUUCCAAUGAAAUCACCACGAACCAGCACACGGUCGAUGCUGAAGAACUCCUCAAUGCGCACAACGCUGGUGAGGGUGUCAAUGCGCAAAACCUCAAUGCGCUGCCGUUGAGCGAGGUGGACCCUGAUGGCGCAUAUACCGUUACCGGCAACAACAACGGAGGCGUCUUCUACCAACUCCUCCAAGCCUACAAGACACCGGUGCGUGGUUACACAGACACAUCGUCAGAAGCCAGCGAGACAUCACCUUCACAACGGCCCGGGUCUUCUUCAGGCGCCGGCACCCCUUCCAAGCGGAAAUGGUACAAUGCAAACAAGCCCAUGCAGUCCACAGAAACACUGGCAACUCUUAUCGGAGCCUCGGCCAAGCUGGCGAACCCUAAGGACGAGAAGAAGGACAUUCCUAUACGCCCGCGCCAUCACAAGCGAACUAGCAGUGCCGGAAUCAUCGCCAAGGUCUGGAAAGCAAAGGAAGACCAGGAUGCAAAGAUUAAGAUCCACGUUGCGAAUAUUCUCAAGCGACAACAAUACAUCAUCCGCAUGUGCCGCGCCCUCAUGCUCUUCGGUGCGCCUACACAUCGCCUCGAAGAGUACCUUGCGACCACUGCCAAGGUCCUCGAGAUCAACAGCCAAUUCCUCUACAUCCCCGGCUGCAUGAUCAUCUCCUUUGACGACAAUCUCACCCACACGGCUGAAGUCAAGAUUGUCCGUACCGCCCAAGGUGUCAACCUUGGCAAGCUCAAGGACACCCACGACAUCUACAAGGAGGUUUUGCACGAUGUCAUCAGCCUGGAUGAAGCUCUCGCUCGCUUGGACGAGGUCAUCAAUGCAAAGGACCGUCAUCCUCGGUGGUUGACUGUCCUAAUGUACGGUUUAGCUAGCGCCGCCGUCUCUUGCUUCUUCAAAGCCCGCCCCAUCGAUAUGCCUGUCAUCUUCGUCCUCGGAAUCGUCCUAGGCUUGCUUCAACUUGUCAUCGCCCCUCUGUCCAAGACAUACAGCACCGUUUUCGAGAUCACUGCAACCAUCCUCAUGAGCUUCCUUGCGCGCGCGUUCGGUAGUAUUAACAAUGGGAACCUAUUCUGCUUCUCGGCUAUUGCACAGAGCGCCAUCGCGUUGAUCCUUCCUGGAUGGUUGGUGCUCAGCUCAGCCCUUGAGCUUCAGUCUCGCGCUAUCGUACCUGGUUCUAUCCGGCUUGUCUUCGCCAUCAUCUACUCGCUUUUCCUCGGAUACGGCAUUACCGUGGGCACAGCCAUAUAUGGUGCUAUCGACUCUAACGCGACCAAUUCGACCCAGUGCCAGAACCCGAUGAACCCAUACUGGAAUUUCCUCAUGGUUCCGCUCUACGUCUUCUUCACGACAUUUACCGUGCAGGCCAAGUACAAGCAGAUGCCAGCCAUGAUUGUCAUCGCUUUUGCUGGCUACAUAGUCAACUUCUACGCUGGAAUGAAGUUCUCAUCGUCAGCGCCCAUUGCCUACACAUUUGGUGCUUUCACCAUUGGUGUUCUGGCAAACCUCUACAGUCGGUUGCGUCACGGAGUUGCAGCAGCCGUCCUCCUGCCUGCAGUAUACGUCCAAGUUCCAGGAUCUCUCGCGUCGAGUGGCAGCAUCAACUCUGCUCUUCAAACAGCAUCAGCCCUGAUCAAGGGAUCCGGAGGAGUGGCCGACACCACAACCGACAGCCUGAAUGCAAUCGUCUUCAACGUCGCUGCGUCGAUGAUCCAGAUCGCUAUCGGCAUCACUGUUGGGUUGUUCAUGGCUGCUCUUCUUGUCUACCCUAUGGGCAAGCGACGCAGCGGUCUGUGGACACUAUAA